GAAAAACCCACCAGGCGCCACAAAGGAAUUUCCCAGCAAGUCGAAAGUAUAUUUUGCAGUUAUUCAAUUGCAUAACUUAUUAAUAAAUGGUUGUUUAUGAUAAUUUGUAAAUAUAUAGAUAUAUACCAAGAGAGGUGGAUGAGAUAGGAGGACAAAUUACAGUCUGUGGGUGCACAUGUCCUUAAUUAAUCAAAGAUGGCUGCUGCAGGAAAUUCUGGGAAUACAACAAACACAUUAAUGCAGAAAAUAGAUGGAGAAUUAAUCUGCGGAAUUUGUCUUGAAUUGUUUAGGUCGCCAGUUAUGUUACCAUGUGGUCAUAACUUCUGCAAGGAGUGUGUAUAUGGUAUCAUUGAAAAUGGAAUGUCCUUUAGUUUUAUCAGUAUUGGACCACCACAUUCAUUUAACUGUCCAAUUUGUCAGGCCAUAAUUAACAUAAAUAAAGUCACAAAUGAAGGUUUGAUGUCAAAUAUAGCUUUGGAGAAUAUAGUGACCUUGUAUAAAACUUGUUCGCCUGUCGAUAUAUUUGACAGUGCAUGGAAUGCAGACCUUGUAGUGACACCAAGCACAUGCAAAGUGCACGAGAAACCUCAGGACAGGUUCUGUGACAGCUGUAGUGUUUCGAUUUGCCAAAUAUGUGAGAAAACGGAGCAUCGGUCUUCCAAAGCAAAACACAGAGUAGCGUCUUUGAAAAGUGUAGCAGUAUCUUAUCAGACCGAGUUAGCAGACGUUUUGACAGACUUGAAGAAGAAAUUGCUACCACUGAACGAUAGAAUUCGUCAACUGGAAGAUAUACUAGGUGCAAUACAGGGUAAUCAAGAACAUGUUAGUAAGAAAUUGGAUCAGCAGAUGUCUGCAGUGAUGUCACUGAUACGACAGCAACAGGAAGAAUUAAAGCGUACUCUAGAGAAUGAAAUGCAAGCCAAGCAACAACCAGUUACUGCAGAACUUGAAGAAUGUCGUGCCAUAAAAACAAAUGUACAAGAAUUGAUGAAAAAACUGUCCUGCAUUCGUCAGACAAAAGACCCUACACUUCAAUUAAAGUUAAUGAAGGACACGUGUAGACAGUUGACAACUGUCCUUUGUUUUGACAUCACUAUGUGCCUACAGAACCCACAUGUUUCGGACAGCAGUAUUUCCGCCUGGGACCUUGACACUCAUCAGAUUAUCAACAGUAUUACUGAGCUGAACUGGGAACAUGAUGCAGCAGAAGCCAGAAAAGCAGAGUGUAAAGAUACAGGCAUACAGACAGAAAGUAUGCAAUUUGAUGAGGUAACUGGAGCUGAAAAGGUUGAAACCAUGAAGCCUUUGCAAAGCACUUCUUCUAAACAAGCUAGGGGAGAUAAUCUGCCUAAACUUAACAAGAAUAGUAUAGAGAGAAAAACAAGUUCUAGUCAAGAAUCUGAGUUACCCUAUCCAGUUUCAUGGUCACCAGAGCGAAAAAGACCAAAGGAAAUGGCAUUUGAUGAGAUUGAUGGGGAUUUUCCUGUUGAUGCUGCUGUAGAGGUUGUUCGUAACAAUGAUGAUGAUGAUGAUGAUGGUUUAAAUGAACAACUUAAAAGUCUAGAAGUUACAGAGAGUAAAAGAACGAAAGGACGCAGCAGUUUUCCUAUGGACAGUAUGCCUAAUUUGAAAAAUAAAAAUGUUAACGAAAAACCUAAAACUUCAGCAAACAAAACAAAAAAGAGCUAUUCAGACAGAGACUUAAACAGGGGAGAAAAUUCACUCUCCAACAGCCCAACCAAUGCUGAAGCUCUGGCUAAAUUUGUGGCUCGGAGAAGAACAAUGUCUCCAUCAGUGUCUACGCCUUCUUUAAAAGCUCUGGACAGGGCCACAAGUGACCAAAGAUUAAAUGAAGAAUCAAAUGCAGGAACCAGAAAAAAUGCUUCAUCACCUGCAUUAAAAUCUUUAAGUAAAAGUUUUUGUGAAAAAGACCAUAAACAAGACCAAGAUUUAAGUAGGCCAUUCCCUCCUUUAAAGUCUGUUUCAGAGAAACCAGUGAGUAGGAAAGAAGAUGCACAGAGUUCAGAUCCUACAAGAACAGCUGCUAAAACAGAUGUUGCUGAUACUAAAGUUACUGAGAAGUUGCCUGUUAAUACAGAAGAAACUGUCAGAGAAAAUAAAACUGAAAUAUCAAUCACUCAACCUGAUGUCGUUUCCAUGGAAGAGUUAACCAUUUCUCAUCAUCCUAAACCAUUUUCAAAGCAACCAAUAGGAAUGAAUCUAGAUUUACAUUUAGGUCUUGGGGCUGAUACAGAAAAUGAACCUAAAAGAGUUACAGAAGUGUAAUCUUGUAAUGCAUGUAUUUGUUUUAAAUGUAAGCUUGUAUGCCAAAAUAAUUUAUCAUUUGUUUUUAAAAUUUUAUUGUGAUAGCUUAAAGCUUUUUAAACAUAUUUAUUAUUGCUUUUGAACCAAAAGAAAAAUAUGACUGUGUUUUUCAGCCAGUGCUUUAGCAACUGGCUAUAGCUCUAAAUCAACUACCAAGUUAUAACCUGGCGUCGUUAGAGUUUUUCUUCUAUUAUUCUGGAUGUGUAAAAUAUAGUCCCAUAUUUAUUUUUUAUAAUCUUGGUAUUGUGUGAGUUUGUGAGCAACUGAGGACUACUGUUUUAAACAACAGAAACAAAAACAAGCAGCAACAGAUUCUAGAAUAACUAUUAACUUUAUAUUCACAUUCGAUAUAUUCGGAAUCACUCCGCUCUAGGGUUAGGUGUUAGAGUUGAAAUUGGCCCCACCCUGGGGCAAACUUAGUUUUACAUAGAGUUGUAUAGGGAAAACCUUUAAAAAUCUUCUUGUCUUGAACCACAAUGCACAGAGUUUAGCUAUUUGGCAUUUAGCAUUGUCUAGUGGACCUCUGCCAACAUUGUUCAAAUUAUGACCAGUCUAUGCACAAUGAAAUGUUUAUUCUUCAGGUGUAUCGGUUGAAAUAUCACUCAAUAACCACUGGCUAUCAGUCCUUUCAAGGCUUUGAUUAUUUUAUGCUUUUCGGUAAAAUACUGGGAAUUUUGAGGGACAUAUAAUCUAUUUCAUAUUCACAGAAAACAAACAAAUAUCAUCUACAUACAAAUGGUAUUUAAGGAGAACUUCUUAAAGUCAAUGGAUUGGGUUCAAUGCAGUUUAGAGUUUUAUUUUGUAAACUGGAAAAAGGUGAAUAACUCUUACUUGUAUAUUUGAUAAAAAGAAUGCCUCUUUUUGUGCAUAGAAAACUUUUAUACAGUUAAAACUUAUAUCUCUACAAUAAAUUUAUCUAAGUCUGGUGUUAUGUC